UCAGCGGGUUGGAUUUAAUUGAAAGCGCGGAUUGGAGAGACAAAGGAAAAAAAGCGUCGGCGAAUCUGAAUCCGUUAACCGGCCAUCUUGGACGGUAUCGUUCGUUUUAUACUAACUCGGAGAGAACGUCAUUGUUGCGAGAGAAUUUUAUCGGAUACUGUAAGAUUUUUUUUUUACUUCGAGAGAGACUUGUAAAUAAUGCAGGACUAGUAGUAGUUUAAUGGAUUUCCGAAGCGUGAAAUGCGAUUAUUAUUCACGCUUUUUAUUAUCGUUAGGCGCGUUGCGCCAUGUAGAAGGCGAUAGAUCGCGAAUUCGAACCCACGAUUAUGUUUGUUUUGGUUUUAUUAUGCGUCCGGAGUUUAUAGCGUAAGAUACAAGUUUGAACAAAAUGUAUUAUUUCGAAUCAUUCUGCGUUUUUAUUCGUUAAUUACCAUUGAGUGUGUUAAAGAUUAUUCGACUAGACGAAUUCGUCAAACUUUAUGUUAAAUACGCGAUGUGACUCGAUGACAGAACUUGAAGUUGCUAAAACCCGCCAAAUUCUAAAAGUCACCCAAUCGAAAUCAAGAAACGCACAUAUUGCAUAAAAUCUCACGCUCGCCCACGCAACACACGGAAACGAUCCCCGUUGAUAACACAGCUCGUCGACGUGCUUUUUGAUAAGUCGCAUCUCCUUGUUUUGGAAAUUGUGCGUGUUACUCUCGUGCGUGACAAUAAGUCCACAAGACUCUCAGUUAAAUAUAAAAAGCCAGAGGCUUCCCUCGAACUAUCCUCAGUCAGCAUCAGCAUCUCGGGCUCGGUAGACCAGAGAGAAAAAAAGGACCAAACGAAAAAAAAAGGGCAGAGACAUGUUCCGAUACUUGGCGGUUGUCGUGUUGGCCGUAGCCGCGGCUUCGGCUUACGAGGUCGAAAGGUGCGAGGGUAGAGACGUCAAGUGGACAGGCGGUAAUUCCAUCGCUUGGCCCUCACAAAUGGCCAAGUCGAUCUACACGAACACCGGCAUCUACGUCGGCAAGAACAUCCUGGCCACGCGCACCGCCAUUUACCGGGACGAGGCUAUCGUGACCCUUCCAAGAUUCAAGCAUGGCGUACCGAUCACCCUCGGCAAGGUGAAUCUCAAGAGCAAGGCUUGCGAUACCAAGCUGUCUCCGUUCCCCUGUUGGUCCGUCCAAGAGGAAGGCAACUGCGAAGCCCUUCAGAGCGCCGUUGACCUGUUCCUCGACUCGAACGACAUCCUCUGGGUACUGGACACCGGUAUCGUCGACUCCGCCGAGCAGCCGAUCCGCAGGUGUCCACCCAAGGUCGUCGCCUUCAACGUCAGAACCGAGAAGCUGGUGAAAUCGAUCGACCUGAGCCCGCUGGUAACGCCGACCUCGCGUCUGCAGUACGUGGUGGCCGACUACAGCCACGACGGUCGUGCCUUCAUCUACGUAUCCGACGCUGCCAACCGAGCCAUCCUCGUCUACGACGUGACCUCCGGUCACGGAUACCGCGUUGUUCUGCCCAGAACAGUGCUGGCCGGUUGCGCUCGUAAGGACGUCCUCUACAUCGCCCUGAUCCGCCGAGCCGAUGGUAGCAGCUGCUUGAUCUUCACCUAUCUCAGCGGCAAGAACCUGUUCUCCAUCAGAACCGAGUACCUGCAGAGCGGACAUACCCACGGUCGCGUCGAGGAUUUGGGACGCAAACCUCAGAACCUGGUUCUCUUGGGUACCGACAACGGUAGCGCCCUGUUCUUCAGAAACGAGGGCGAGGCUGGCAUCUACAGGAUCGACAUGACCAACUGUCUGGCGGUGUCUAACGCUAUUAUGGUCUACCAAGGCAAGGAUUGCGACCUGCCGACCCAUGUCGCUGCUGACUACAAGAGGGGUAGGAUGAGGCUGCUGGAGUCUAACUUCCCAGACUUUUUCCAGGGUACCGUUGGCUGCGGUGCCAGUCAGGCUCUUAACCUUAUUUAAACACUGAUUUUUAGUUUUUUGACCAGAUGAUUGCCUUGUAACGCUGCUAGUCUUUUGUUUGCUUACACUGAGAGCCGCGUAGAACCUUCUUGAUUUGUACUUUCGCAACUGUUCAAACGCUCAUAGUGGCGUUCGCAUAUAUUUCUAAAUUCCAAAACUUUAUUGAAUUCGCAGCUGCUAAUUAUUUAGAAUAUUAUUUUGAAAUUUGUCAGCGUGAUUUUAAAUGUUCGUGAAGCAAAUCUACCGAGAGAGCAAAAGAUGCAACGACUACAUAACUGUAUCUUCAUAAAGCGACUGAUAAUUAUAACGAUGUUAUGAGUUUCUUUUAAACAAGUGUAAACGACGACAUGUGUAUACAAAUUAAUGCUAUUCAUUUUUUUUACUCGACGGACAACAGACAGAAUUAUGACUUCUAUUUCAAAAAAUGUAAUCGACAGUGGACAGACUUGAAAUUAUGUAUGACAGACUUUGUGAUUCGAUACAUAGCUUGUAAAUAUUAGGACUAUCAAACACAACGUUGUUCAUCCGAUUUCUCGGGCUUCACAAACUAAACCAGUUUCAUUCGUUUGCAAAGAUGCAUUAGUUUUCAAAAACAAGACGCGUGACAGACGAUAUAGAAAAUUGGAAAACCUCUAAAGAGUUGUCGUUUCAAAUGAAACGUCAGCAAUAAAUACAAUUUUUAAAUUAA